CGUCGAUGGAGAAUGCGCUGGCCGAUGAACAGGACACUUGGCGGAAGAAUUACCUGAAGGAAGUUCAGGUGACUAGAAGCCUCACAAGACAGCUCCAGGAAUGCGAGGAAAGGCUAGAGGCCGCGCUGGAGCAUGGACAAGACUCACCUGAGACUCCCGAGUGCUCCAAGUGUUUAGUCCUCGAACGGGAGCUCGAUGUGCUGAGAGCGCGACACAAAUCCCUCGUUGCAAAGUUCAAACUACUCGAAGAAGAGUUCGUCCACGCCAGAAAGUCGCCUCUAAUGCAAUUUCUAAGCCCGAAAAGGAAACACUCCAUCCAUCCUCCGACAUCAUCCAAUGCAGAACAACCUGCGAAUAGCGUACCUGAAAGAAAGCCAAGUUUGCGGAAGUCUCCCCCCACACGAGCUGAAAUUGAUGAAGCUUGCCAAAGUGUGUUCCGCGUAAACAACAAUAUCCCCCAGGUUCUGCAAGCCGCCGCUGCAUCCAGCGACGCGGAACUCUUCCAUCACGGCAUUUUGUUUGGCUAUCCCGACGACUACAUUAUCGACGCCUCAAAGGAUCACUUGCACAAACCUCAUGGAAAAGACGACAUCGAAGUCCAGUCUCCUUCAUCUUGGCUCGGCAAAAUGCUCAAAUCACCACCAACGUCCCCGUCCCAAGGCUGUGUGGUGCCCCGAAAACCAGCGAUCAUGAGUGUGUUUCCAUCAUCGGCAUCGCUGGCAGAUGUAGAGCCUAUGAUGGAGUUUUGCUUUCCACACGGAAAUUCACUUCGCGCAGGAAGUUUUACGAACGAUGAAGACGACCUCUGCUUUGUUGUGUUGUUGUCGGGAACUCAACCAGCACAGAACAUGUAUGCAAUGUGCGUCCAGACAUUGCAGCGGCCGUUGCGAUGCUUUUGCCUUGUUAGCGUCCAUCCUUUUUUUAGUCUCUUCUUCAAACUCCUCCGAGGGGUCAUCUCCAUGUGUCAAAACCACACCCCACAAGCCGUCCAAGUCAUUUUUGACGACGCAUUACGACGCCUCCAUGGCACAAGUGUCCCACCCAUUGGAGGGUGGUGCUGUUUUCGUUUGGAUCCCCAGCAUCCCUUGUUGACCUUUCAUCGUCCGCACACUUCAACAUCGCGCCACGAGGCGAGGCAGUUCAUCCUUGAGUUCACGUCACCACGCUUGUUUUCCAAAGUCAGCUUGGAUCAUUUACUUCUCCUUCUCGGAUGUCUGUGCUGCGAAGUUCGAGUGCUGUUGCUUUCGUCCAAUCCGUCCCUGAUCACAUCAUGUGUGCUUGCGUUGCGGGCAUUACUUGAUCCGUUUGAAUGGGCUGGAGUGGUCGUUACUUUGUUGCCACCGUCGCUGGUAGAAAUUCUUGAAGCCCCCGUUCCCUUUCUCGUGGGCCAAGUCUGCUCGAACCAUCAGUCUCGGCGACCCGUGCCUUCCCUUGUCCAACUGAACCUGGAUACGAACACACUCAUCAUGGACGACCAAGAACUGGAAGUGCUGCAUGAGCUCAAGCUCCCUCGUUGUGAGGCCCUACAAAACGAGCUCCAGUCGUACGCUUCGACAUGCUUCGGGAACGACUUGUUACCUCAAAGCUUGGAACGGCACCACGUGGAAGCUUGUGAACACAUAAGUGUGUGUAUUCAAAGCCAUUUGGCCACGCUGUUGGAUACGUCGACCACUCAACACGACGAGGACGUUCCUUUCCUCCAGCGUUUCCAUUCAACUCAAAUGUACAGCAACGCGUCAUCCGAGUCGACUCUACUCGACGACGAUGGCUGCGGAGCUGGUGGCAGCGAUCUAGAGGGGGAGACCACCUUGUACGAGCCAACAGUAAACUAAAGGAUCCAACGAAGAGCAGUGAGCAGUUUAAACAAGUGUGUUGAUGUUGCACAACCCUCG